AUGAGUUCGUGCAAGUCUUCGGCCAAUCCUGUUGAGGCUAAGCCGAAAGUAAGUGCUUCGGGCUCUCCUUUUGCAGAUCCCACCUUAUAUCGUAGCCUUGCUGGGGAGCUACAGUAUCUUACUUUUACAAGGCCGGAUAUUUCAUAUGUUGUGCAACAGGUAUGCUUACAUAUCCAUGAUCCAAAAGAAACUCAUAUGGCUGAUCUAAAACGCAUCAUUCGGUAUGUGCAAGGUACUCUUGACCAUGGUUUGCAUCUUUAUCCAUCAUCUAUUUCUACACUUGUAUCAUAUACAGAUGCUGACUGGGUGCAACAUCAGCGUACCAAGCAUAUUGAGAUGGACAUUCUUUUCGUUCGUGAAAAGGUGGCUAGAGGUAAAGUGCGAGUCCUCCAUGUUCCAUCUAGGCACCAAGUUGCGGACAUCUUUACAAAAGGACUACCCCGGGUGUUAUUUGAAGAUUUCAGAGAUACUCUAAGUGUCCGUCCUCCUCCUGCUUUGACUAAAGGGGUGUGUUAA